ACGCGGUGAGGAUUCAAAAGCGAUGGGAUUAUAAUUCACAAGCUCUGCAAAUAUGUUUAAAAAGUGUCGCCGGAGAUGUUGUUUAUCCUAGUGACCCCAAUUACACAGUAUUAGUUCAAGGCGUUAAUACAGAUAUAAAAAGAUAUCCUGCGGCUUUAUUGUAUGCGGCAAACGAGAAUGAUAUAAAAAUUGCAAUAUAUUGCGCGAAAAUUCUCAAAAUACAAAUUGUCGCACGUUCUGGAGGACAUUCAUUUGAAGACUACUCUCUUGGCGGAAACGAUGGUGCACUCGUUGUUGACUUGAAAAACUUUUCCGAUUUAAUUAUCGACACUAAGACACAAACUGCUAUAAUUGGGACUGGAAAUAGACUCGGUCCUAUAUAUUAUAAACUUAGUCAACUCGGAUACAUUAUUCCAGCCGGUACUUGUCCAGCAGUUGGUAUCGGUGGUCAUUCUUUAGGUGGCGGUUUUGGCUUAUAUUCUCGAGAAUUCGGUUUGGUUACUGAUCAUAUUCUUUCGAUUCAAAUAGUCAGCGCAAAUGGAACAGUCUUAACCGCAAAUAAUGUUUCACAUCCCGAUUUAUUCUUUGCAUUGAGAGGUGCUGGAGGAGGCAAUUACGGAAUUGUUACUAGAAUCAAAUUUAGAAUCAACCCUUAUUCAGGAAAUGUUACAGUUUUUACUUUUCAGUGGCCGAACACAACAAUUGCUCAUAAAUUUAUUCCUGCGAUGGAAAAAUUUUCCGCUCAUGGCACCAGGCGUAUAACGACAAAAACUAAAUGGGCUAAAGACACAUUUAUAUUUAAUGGCAUCUUUUUAGGACAACCGUGGGAACUUGAUAAAGAAUUGAAUGAAUGGCUAUCCACGACUCCUGAUUAUCAAGUCGUGAAAAAUGAAUCACAGACAUUAUUUGAAUCCGUAUAUGAUUUUUCUGACCAAAUGACUAUUCAAGAUGUCAUUAACCCUAAACUAGCAUCAUAUUCUUUCAAAGCUAAAUCUUUUUUGAUCGAUCAAAAAGGUUUAUCCGAUGAAGGAAUCGCUUUCAUGGACAAUUUUCUUAGCAACGUUAAUAAGGAUUGCAAUGUUUUUUCUUUGAUGGACAUUUUUGGCGGAGCUGUCGCUCAAGUUCCUAAAAAUGCUACUGCAUUUGUUCAUCGCGACGUAUCAUUCGGUAUUCAAAUGUUAUCAGCAUGGGAAAAUCCUGAUAUCGCUAAAGAGUGUAAAGACGCCGUAAAUUCUUUUUCUUUAGAAUUCCGGUCACGUUAUGCAUCACCGUUCAGUUAUCAGAAUUAUAUCGAUAUUGAUUUGCCAAAUUACUUAAAAAUGGAAAUCAUUAAUAACGAUAAAAGCAAAAACAAAGAUAUCUUUAAAAAAUUACCUAAUGAGAUAAUACAAAAGAUUCUUGGUCUUUUAAAUGCACGAGAUAUUUUUUCAAUUUCCUUGCAUGUUCAGGAUGAUUACGUAUGGCAUUUAAUGUGUAAGAAUCAAUUCAGUGAAGAAAGUAUCAAUGAAGAGAGAGAACGACUAAGAAGGGUGAAUAGCGCACAAACCAACGUUGGACCGGAUGCAUCAGAAUCUUUGUCGUCGAUGGAUGAAGAGGAUUUCGACGAGAACAUCAACUGGCAAAGCUUGUAUAUGAAACUAUCUCGACCAAUGAGUUUUUUGGCGAGAGAUCGUGGAGUUGUUUGGUUGGAUACUGCGGAUGGAGGUACUCAUCACUGGAAAACGUUAGAUUGUGAUGAAAGUGAAUAUGGAAAAGUUGUUUUUUUGGAUUAUGUUUGGUGGUUUGAUGUUUGGGGUAUUAUCUCAAACGUGCGACCUGGAAUUUAUGAUGUUGUUUGGCGCUUUAAAGUUGAUUCAAAUUUCAGUCUUCAAAGUUUAAAUUUUGUGACUAAAGUUUUCGAAGUAUUUGAUGAGGAAAUAAGGGAGACAAAGACAACACAUUUAGCGGAUUCAAGUGUAUUUGAACAUAUUGCUAAUGACGGUGGUUGGGUAGAAUACUGCCUACCAGAUCAAAUUACAGUUCCAGAAGAACGAGUAAUCGGUUCAGUUCGAAUUCCACACUCAGUUGAAUGUAAAAUUUAUAAUUAUUUGGGAUUUAUUAAAAGAGGAUUGUGGAUUGAUUACGUGUGGUUGCGUAUUCAUCGAGAAAAUCGACUUGAGGAGAAUGAAGUGAAAGAUAUUCAUCAAGUUGAGGAGGAUAAAGUGAAAGAAACUGUUUUGUAA